GAAUUUUUUCAGAAACUCGGGAAUGUCGUAAAAAAUCGAACCCGUAAAAGAAACUAUAACUGACAAACCACUCCGUAGUAAAAAAUAAACCCUACGCAGCUACCGACGGCCGCUUGCUUAUGCUUCCACACCUCCUUCGCCGUGCCCUCCUCCCCUCCUCCCUCCUUUACCAACACUUCAACAGCAGAGUCUUCAUAUUUGGCAAACAUUUCAGGUAACACCAUCCGCUAUUCAUAUCUACUAUCUAAUUUCAGCUUCAGAUUUGUAAUUGCCAUGUUCUAGAACAGACGAAUUAGCAAUGACCCAUUUCCAGAAACUUAGAUUAUACCCUAUUCUCAGAUGGGUUUCUUCUAAUUUUUCCCCAAACCCCUUUAAAUCGUCACCAAAUUACCCAAAUUUUCGAUAUAAUUUUCCAUGUCAUUGUAAUUAUAAUAAUAAUGUACAUCAUUAUUCUAAUUUAAUUUCGCGAACAAUUCUGAAGGAGGCUCAAGAUGCAUUGUUAGAUUACUUGCAUUUCACUAGAAAUUUACCCUUUUUGGAUGCUCAGUAUGUGAGCGAAAACUCCCCUCGUUUUUUGAGGAAGUUGGUAGAUCAAGUCAAUAAUGAGCCUGAUAUAAGGCGCGCCGUGGCUCGCUUCUUGCAAUUUCGUACCAUUAACGAGUUCGAACCUUUUUUUGAAAGUAUUGGGUUGGAGCCUUCUGAGUUUGUUCCCCUCCUUCCUCGUGAUACGAUGUUUUUGAGUGAUGAGGAUGGUUUGCUUGAUAACUUCCAUUUUUUGUGUGGAUAUGGGGUUAGUCGUGAUAAUAUAGGAAGGAUAUAUAGAGGGGCUAGAGAGGUAUUUCGAUAUGAAAGUGGGGUUUUGAUUUCGAAGCUUCGAGAUUUUGAGGAGUUCGGGUUCAGUAAAUCUGUUAUAAUUAAGGCUAUUGUCUACAAUCCUUGUCUUUUGAUUGAUAGUGUGGGUAAAGAGUUUUUUAAGGUGUUGGCGAGAUUGCAGGAUUUUGGUUGUGAAUACGAUUGGGUUGAGCAACAUCUAUUGGAGAAUGCUUCCUACAAUUGGAGGCAAAUCUUUAAGUUGCUACAUUUUCUCAGUGAUAUGGGUUGUGAAAAUAAGGACUUAGGGUAUUCGUUAAGGCAACAUCCAGACAUUUUAUUUGGUUGUUCAGGUCGAUCAACUUUUUCAUUAAUUGGGUUUCUGAUUAAACUUGGAUUCACAAAGAAUAACAUAUGUUUGCUGUUUUUGCACUUUCCACAAGUCAAAGUUGAGAAAUUUAUUUGGAAUCUUGGACGUGCUUUUGAGUUACUAUCUGAGUUAGAUGUGGAUGCUUUGUAUAUUGGAAUUAUUAUGCGUAAACAUUUCAUAUUGCUGGGUUCAUGCUCAGUUAAGCAAGCAAACAGUUUAAUGGCUAAUUUGAAGACAACUAAGAAAUUCUUGCGCGAAUCUAUAAUAGAAAAUCCGUUGGUGGUAAAGAAUUGGGUUUUGGGAGCAAAAAAGCCUGUUGCUAUAAUACAUUCUCGUAUUGGGAGGAUUAAGUUCUUGUCAAGUAUUGGCUUCACAGAAGAUUCUAAAGAAAUGGAAAAGGCUUUAAAGAAAUUCCGUGGUAGAGGAGAGGAACUCCGUGAAAGAUUUGACUGUCUUGUCAAAGCAGGACUCAGUGAAGAGGAUGUUGCACAGAUGGCCAAAGCGGCCCCACAGAUUCUCAAUCAAUCAAAGGAAGUUCUUGAAACAAAGAUAAAAUAUUUUGUAAAUGAUUUAGGCUAUCCAGUGUCAAAUUUGAAGCCAUUUCCAGUUUACCUUUCGCAUACAAUGGGAAGGGUAAAGCUUAGAUGUUCUAUGUACAAGUGGCUUGUCAAUCAAAACGCUGUUCGCCCUACAUUGACUUUAAGCACCCUGUUUAGAUGCACAGAAUCAGUUUUUGUGGAGAAGUAUGUAAGUAAACAUCCUGAAGGCUUUGCUGUGUGGCAGGAGUUGAAGAAGAAAUUUUCUAAGUAAUAAUAUCCCUGCUCUCCUUUUGUGGUUCUCCAAUGCACAGAUGCACAGUCCUUAACUAUUUCUGCAUGCUGAAAAACUGAUUCUGUUUCUCGGCUAUUGUUACUCAAGUCUCAAAGCUAUUGGACUCUAUUCAGCAGUCAUACACAUAUACAGUGUGCUGUACAACAGGUUGUAUGAUGGACUAUAUACCAUAAAGCAUCAAGCAGCGCUGCUGUUUGUGUGGGUUUGCGUCUGUUUGGGGAUUUCAAAUGCAAUUAUUUUGGCCCUGAACGACUCAACGUAGCCUUCUGUCUCAUGUGAACGAGCCCUUGAUUUAUGAGGUGCAGCUUUUGAAAAUAUUGUAAUGCUGUGUAUAUGCUUUGGCUUUCACAAGUUGCUUGGUCUGCACAACAUGUAACUAUGUGUCGUUUCUUCCCCUUUUUUCUGAAUUAUGGGUUGCUGGCGAGUGGCGAAUAUGGGUAAUGGUCCAAAAAGGUGAAACUCAAAAAGUAAGGAGUAUUUUUGCUUACAUUUCUGGGGCUUCUGCUGUAAAAUUCUAUCAUUCACUGUGUGAGUAUAUAACUCGUAACAGUCAACGCCUUACCCCCUCCCCUCCCCCCAACAAAAAGGAAAUACCACAUAAGUAUUAUCAAUAGGAGGGCCUGACAAUCUGACAUCAGUUAAGAAACGACAUGACGAUCAGUUAAACCAGGCUGAGUAUCCUGGUAUAAUUGAAUAUGUUGCUUUGAAUUAUCAUUCUUCAUGACAAAUGACAAUCAAUCUACCCCACUACUUAGAUUAUGGAGUUUGGUCUCUUUUUAUAAUUACACUCUUGCUUAAUUGAAUACUUUGCUAGAAUACAAGUUCUGAAAUGAGGAAUACCUUGAACAACUUGCAGCCCUAGAAAUUGCUAUGUUGUUCUUUGUAAUUAAAGGGGCCAUUUUGAUAUUUCCAUCUCCCUUUAUGAUGCAAUUGUUUAUCGACUCAUUUGUCUUCUUCGUUUUUCAAUUUCAUAUGUAGAAGCGUUGCUCAUCUGCAUUUGCAUUCUGUUCAAUGGCUGUUGUUGAUGUUAAGCUUGGGCUUUAUAUGUUUAUUUAUCUACAGUAGCAGAAAUAUAAUGUAUAUCUCGCUUUUCUGCUUACGGGUUCUUCAACUCUGGACACUAUCAGAUAAUCUGUCAUUUAUAGUUACAUGUAUAUCAUCAAUAUCUAACAUAGAGAAUUGUAAAUAUUAUAUAUUUUUUUAUUAGGAAAUAAAACUACGCUGACUACCUAGCUCACCCUUUCGGGCGACCUAUUUUUUCGGAUGAAAUACAAUGACUCCAAGUUAAAGAAAGUAAAUCAAAGAGUACAUAGAAAUCACAUUCUAACCUCAAACUACUCAGCCCCUAUUCCAAGAUAACUUGGUGAAUAGACUACAACCAUAAAUCCUAUUCCAAGAUAACUUGGUGAAUAGAUUCGGGUUUGGCUAACUUGGUAAAUGAUUAGUCGAACCCGAAUCCCAAAUCUGAGUACCUAAACUAAUAAACUAUAUAUAAAAAAAUAACUCCCUAAAAAAUUAUUUAAUAAUAAAUAUAGUAAUUAAACUAUCCAACAACUCCAAACAUAGAAGAGAAAGAUAUUGCGCGCACAAGGUGUACAAUAAAUUUAUUGUACACCAAGAUAACUUUUAUUCAUUUUUUUGUAACUUUAAUCUACUUUUAUUUAACUUUUAUAUUAGUAAAAAAAAGUUGAUAGAUAAACAUUUUAAAGGGUUAAAUGAUUAAUUUUAUACAUUAUUAGUGAUUUGAAGAAAUAAGUUUUAUUAAAAUGAAAUUUUUAUAUCACUAAAAGUAUAUAACUUUUAUAUAUAUAAGCUUAACUUUUAAGUAGUUUGAGUUAACAUUUAAUCCGGUGUACAAUAUUUAUUAUACACCCAUUGUAAAUAAGAAUUUGUGUUAAUAAUAAGUUAAUUAUUUUGUAUUAAACUCUGUGUUGGUCAAAUCGGUUCAAGUAUUCCGGGACGGAGGGAGUAUUAGUUAAUGAGUUUGGGAAAUGAUUUUUCAAAGGGCAUGGAAAAUUGUGAUGGUUAUGUAUUUUACCACGGUGGAAACUUGACAUUUUACUUGCUGUAUCUA